AUGGCCUUCUACUUCUUCCGCCGCGCUGUGGGCGGAGGCAAGGUCGUGGCCGUGGUCGAGGCAAGGUCCCUGCUGCCCGUCAGUCUGUCCGACCACCUUGUAUUCUCAACUUCCUGCAAGAUUCCUCCCACAUGCAGGACCAUGAAGCCCUCGGGGGCUGUGCUGGACCCUCCCUUGCCACCGGAGAUCCCUGGCAUGGAGGACUUGAACCUGUCGUUCCCCAAGCUCUCUGCCGGCGGGGCCGCGCAUCCCGGAAAUCGCAAGGGCCGGAAUGGACGUGAUCUGCUUGAAACGGCCGGCAGCGCUGGGGCGGCAGCGAUGGCCCUGGCGUUGCUGGGCAUCUGCUGCCUCCGCCGGGCGAGGAAGAUUCGGGAGGCUGAGGCUGGCGAGCUUCGGAAUGCCGCGUAA